AUGCGCAAUCUGAAGAAUGUGAGAUAUUCAAAAUGGCAGACGGAGGAGUCGGUUUGUUACAUUAUUCCUUUUCGUGAGCUAACCUCCAAUAAUUUGAUUCAAAAUGAUAGCAGUCAUACGUUCAUGCAUACGAUCGGGGUGUUUGCCCCGAAUGUCAUACAGAGUUGAAUGUAGGGCUGUUUCCACGAGUUCUUUCAAGGGACAAUGGGACUUCAAACUAGGUAAAGUCCCGUAUAAUGGGAUCAGCAUUGACCUCGUCCACACGCCCAAAGAUGUGACCCCUAGGGAUGUAGCGAAUAAACUAAAAGACUGUAUUGUCCAGUGCAAGAAUAAUGGCAACAGAGCUAUGUGGGUAAAAGUUCCUGUAGACAAAAGCUACCUUAUUCCGGUUGUAUUCAAACAUGGUUUCACAUAUCACCAUGCUGAGGGAAACCAUGCCAUGCUGCUUAAAUGGCUGCCAGAUAACGUAGAGUGUAAAGUCCCACCUUAUGCAAGUCAUCAGAUCGGAGUUGCAGGUAUUGUGGUUAAUGAAGAGGAGAACAAGGUCCUUGUUGUACAAGACAGACAAAAAUAUAAAAUGGGAGUUUUGAAGAAGCCUAUCUGGAAGUUCCCAGGGGGUCUAUCAGAUGAGGGUGAAGAUAUAGGACACACAGCUGUACGAGAGGUGUUUGAGGAGACAGGGAUCAAAUCUGAAUUCCAGUCUAUUGUAUUGUUUCGGCAGCAACACAAAAUGAGAUCAGCCUUUAACAAAUCUGACAUCUUUGUGGUAUGUAGAAUGAAGCCGUUGACAUCUGAUAUCAUCUUGUGUGAUGAUGAAAUUGCCGCAUGUCAGUGGAUGCCAAUAAAUGAGCUUCUUGUCCACUCAGACACUACUCCUUUAAUAAAACUUGGAGCUAAACUGGUCAUGUAUGGUAUGAAAUAUGGUCAUGAACACUUUGACGUCACAGCUACUGAAAUGAGGUCAUGGGUGGAUCCAACACAGACUUUUAAACUUUAUCACAAACCAUUGACUGUCAUGGAAACUCUUAGGAUGGAAUCCCUGGGAAAAAGUAUUUCUAGUAGAAUAAGCUAGUAAACCGAUUAGUGAAGCUAGCAUGGGUUCUUAUUUGGUGUUAGGUGACUAAUAUUUUACAGGAUGUGUUUUACAUAAUUGUUUAUCACAAACCUCUUUGGAUGGACUCCUUAGGAAGUCUUUCUAAAUAAGCUAGUUUACUGAUUAGUAUGGGUGCUUAUUAGGUGAUUGAUCAGGCCCGUACCCAGGGGGGUGCAGGGGGUGCGAACUUACCCCCCAAAAUGGCUGAUAGUCCAUUUUCAGUUCUCAAUAGACGAGCUAAUUGUAGACAAAACUACAAAGCAUACUAGAUAGCUCUGGUAUGUCAUCAAUCCAUAAGUAAGACUUCUUUUUAUAGCCAAAUCUGACAAUAAACAUCCCUUGGAGAUACCACAAAGGAAUAAAAAAAUCACUUUCUGUUC